AUGGCUCCAGCCCGGAGGGACUGCAGCGGCUGGGAGAUGAUGUUCCUCCCGACGGGAUGCCUGCUCCUUUCUGUUUUGCUAUUUCAACCUGCCCUGGCCAAGGUGUGCAACGACCGCACCAGACACGGGCAGGACAACAGCUGGUUCACCAGGGACGGGGAAAAGUUGCCCAUCAUGGUCCUUAUGCCCAUGAACGAGUCGGCCCUGAUGAGCAGCAUCAGCCAGGGGAUCGAGCCCGCGGUCCAGCUGGCCAUCCAGCAUAUACGGGAGUCCAGGAAGUACUCAUUCUCACUCAUCACCAAAAUCUACGACACUGAGUGUGACAAUGCCAAGGGGCUGAGGGCCUUCUUUGAUGCCAUAUGCUACGGUCCCAAACACCUGAUGAUCUUCGGCGGUGUGUGCCCCUCUGUGACCUCCAUCAUUGCAGAGUCCCUGGAGGGCUGGAAUCUGGUGCAGCUGUCCUUUGCGGCGACAACCCCGGUUCUGGCGGACAAGAAAAAGUAUCCCAACUUCUUCCGCACAGUUCCGUCCGACAACGCGGUGAACCCGGCUGUGGUGAAGUUCCUCAACUACUACAACUGGAGCCGAGUGGGAACCCUCACGCAGGAUGUUCAACGUUUUUCAGAGGUGAGGAAUGACCUGACUAAUGAGCUGGAGAAGGCGGACAUUCAGAUUGCAGAUACAGAAAGUUUCUCCAACGACCCCUGUGUCAACGUCAAGAAGCUCAAGGACAACGACGUGAGAAUCAUCAUUGGUCAGUUUGAUGAGAACCUGGCCUCCAAAGUCUUCUGCUGUGCGUACAACUUGAACAUGUUUGGCAGUAAGUACCAGUGGAUCAUCCCGGGCUGGUACCAGGGCAACUGGUGGGAGCAGGCCAACACCACCAACUGCACAACUAAGAAGCUGCUCACGGCCAUGGAGGGGUACAUCAGUGUGGACUUUGAGCCACUCAGCGCUCGGCAGAUCAAAGGCAUCUCUGGCAGGACCCCUAAGGAGUAUGAGCGGGAGUAUAGCCGGGAGCUUCAGCAGAAAGGUGUGGAAGCCAGCAAGUUCCACGGCUUCGCCUAUGACGGCAUUUGGGUGAUCGCUAAGACUUUGACCCGAGUGAUGGAGCUGCUGCGGUUCAAACAGCGGCAGGACAUCUACCACAACUUCACUGUGGACGACCGCGAAGUGGGCAAGAUGGUGCUGGACGUGAUGAACGAGACCAACUUCAACGGCGUCACGGGCCAAGUUAUGUUUCGAAAUGGAGAGAGGAUGGGCACCAUCAAAUUCAAUCAGUUUCAAGAGGGCCAGGAAGUAAAGGUGGGAGAGUACAACGCCAUUGCUGAUGUGCUGGAUCUCAUCAACAACUCCAUUAGGUUCCAAGGGGUAGAACCUCCUAAGGAUCGGACAUUUGUGCGCCUGCAACGCCGCCACAUCAAUGUGCCGCUCUACAGCAUCCUAUCCACCAUCACCAUACUGGGCAUGCUCAUGGCAGGAGCCUUCCUCUUCUUCAACAUCAAGAACCGCAACCACAGAUUAAUCAAGAUGUCUAGUCCCUACAUGAACAACCUAAUCAUCCUCGGGGGUAUGCUUUCCUACGCCUCUAUCUUCCUUUUCGGCCUGGACGGAGGCUUCGUCUCUGACAAGGAAUUUGAGACUCUUUGCACUGUUCGGACAUGGAUCCUCAUCGUCGGGUACACGACGGCAUUUGGUGCCAUGUUUGCCAAAACCUGGAGGGUGCACGCCAUCUUCAAGAAUGUGAAGAUGAAGAAGAAGAUCAUCAAGGACCAGAAGCUGCUAAUCAUCGUCGGUGGGAUGCUGUUGAUCGACUUGUGCAUCCUCAUUUGUUGGCAGAUUGUUGACCCGCUUAAGAGGACUGUGGAGGAAUACAGCUUGGAGGCGGACCCCCAAGGCCGAGACAUCGCCAUCCGUCCCUUCUUGGAGCACUGUGAGAACACCCACAUGACCAUUUGGCUGGGAAUUGUCUAUGCCUACAAGGGACUGCUCAUGUUGUUUGGCUGCUUCCUGGCAUGGGAGACCAGGAACGUCAGCAUCCCCGCUCUCAAUGACAGCAAGUACAUAGGGAUGAGUGUGUACAAUGUGGGCAUCAUGUGCAUCAUCGGCGCCGCGGUGUCUUUUCUGACCAGGGACCAGCCCAACGUUCAGUUCUGCAUCGUGGCACUAGUCAUCAUCUUCUGCAGCACCAUCACGCUCUGUCUGGUCUUCGUUCCCAAGUUCAUCACUAUGAGAACCAACCCAGAUGCAGCCACCCAGAACCGGAGGUUAAAGUUCACCCAGAACCAGAAAAAGGAGGACUCCAAGACCUCCACCUCAGUCACCAGCGUUAAUCAGGCCAACACGUCACGGCUGGAUGGGCUUCAAACCGACAACCACCGCCUCCGCAUGAGGAUAACAGAGCUGGACAAGGAGCUAGAGGAAGUGACCAUGCAGCUACAGGACACGCCAGAGAAGACGCCCUACAUCAAACAGAACCACUACCCCGAUGCCAACAACAUCCUGAGCAUACGCAACUUCACCGAUGGCAAAGACGGAGAGAAGUCAAUACUGAAGAACCACCUGGAGCAGAAGCCUCAGGCGCAAUGGGGCUCCAUGGAUCCUUCCAGAAUAAACAGAGGUCCCCUAGAGGAUAUCAACUCACCCGAACACAUACAGCGCCGACUGUCCUUGCAACUGCCCAUCCUGCACCAUGCCUACCUACCCUCCAUAGGAGGGGUUGACGCCAGUUGUACCAGCCCCAAUGGCAGCCCCGGUUCCAGCCCACGACACAGACACAUGCCCCCAUCCUACCGGGUUAUGGUCUCUGGCCUGUGAGCUUCAUUCACUCCCCCACCUGGCACUUUGCAGAGGAGACAUCCAUGGUUCUUUUUUCUACAACAAAUAGACUGAUAUCAUCAGCGUAUGUGCGUAUUUUGUCCUGGAACAAGGAGGACAGGGGAAGGAGAGAGGGAGGGGGGCUGAGUUUCACUCUUCAUACCUCUACACCCCACCCCCUCCCUUUUAGAACUGAAACCCUCGGUCAGGAAAGGGUGGGAGGAGAGAGAGUGGGCACUGGAUGACCCCUUACAAACUCCCAUAAGUCACAGCAAUGUCCCCUUGUUCAUCUUCUUCCCUUGCCCACGCACAUACACAUAUGCAAAGUCAAACACGCAUAGAGGCAGGCACAUUCAAGCACACAUGCACAUACACACGCAUAAACAUACAUACACACACACACACACACACACGCACACACACACACACACACACACACACACACACACACACACACACACACACACUGAUGCCCCAACAGCAGAGCAGCAGUGGACCAGCCCUGACCUGAUGUGUAGCCUUAUCUGCUUCAGAGGGGAUUGUCUGUUUCUGUUCUUUCUUUGUCGUACAUAUGUAUGUACUCUCGGCUUUGUGUGAGCUUGUCACCCAACUUGAGUAUUUCACUGCUUCAGUGACUGGAUACUGGUGUUGAAACAUGGAAUUUCCACAACCCAACAAAGGAUUCAUCCAAUUAAACCCCACCUCCACCCUGCCUUGUGGAGACAUGUAAAUAUCAUCAUUUCUGACUUUGAUGUACUGUAAGCUUUGUAUAUGCUGUGAAUGGACAAUUAAAGGGAUAUUAAGGGUAGAGCUUGUAAUAAGGGCAGGAAGUAACAAAUCUCAAAUGAAAACUUAAAAAUGGCAUCUUACAAAGAAUUAGAUAUAUAUAAGGGAUGCAAAUUGGUUUGUGUAAUAUGCUCCAUUGCAGUGUGUUGAUGAGUUAGCUCAUUGGCAACAAAGUAAGAUACAUCAAAGCCUGUGAGUCACAAAAUGUCAGAAGACACUGGGGGCCAAUUCUGCUAACUUGGAGUAAGAUGCACACAGCUCAUUUUCCACUUUGCUAAAUUUGCACCACCAGUUUUUCCUCAAAGAUUUCACAUCAAACUUUGCAUAGGCCUUUCAUAUUUUACAACUUGCUUAAUAUGUCCUCGAAAAGCAUGAUAUACAGAAUACUGAUGCUAUGCCUUUUAACAGGUCUCCAAGGCUGCAGAUGUUAGAAUAUAGAGCUAAAAAACACCACAAGAAUCGUUCCACAGUUGUCUUCUAUGUGUGUUAAUACGCCAAGAAAUGCACACAGACACACUUAAAAUGGAAGAGAGCACCUUAUGAUUUCAGGUGCUGUUCGGACAAGGUGUUGCUGACUGGCCUGGUCAAAGUUAAUCCCCACAGAGUGGUCUCCAUAGACUGUUAAGAUGCCCAUCUAACCGCGCCCUCCGAGCCAACCAGUACAGCUAAGGCUAGUGGGCCUCAUGACAAGGGCAUGAGACUAUGAAAGGAAAGACUAUGAACCCGAAGAAGUGAUGCUGGAGAGGAUGUAGGUCUGCCAGUUCCACAAACUAGUUUGGUUUUAAAUGGUUGACCUGAAUUUCCAUGACUGAAAGUAAAGGCAGUGAGUACAUGAGAGCCUCAUGUAAUAAAGCCUUGGCCAGCCGUAGCGUGCAGUCCUAAGAUGGUAAUGACACCACUGCUGGUCACAAUGAUAGAGCAUAAAGCACAGACACAGGGCUUUUUCUCAUAUAUAAUAUUGAAAUGUCAUGGAAAAUUGCUUCACACUUAGCAACAGUGAACAUACCUCAUAGUUGCUAUGGAAAUGUAAUUCUGUGCAGUUGAACUCGGCCCAACAAGGUUGCACUGAGCAAAAGGGCCAUCGACAUAGUGUCGUCAUUUCUUUGUAAAACUGUCCUCACACAGGAGACAAGCAAGAGGAUCUCCCGAAAAUAUGACUUUUUAACAAGAGUCAACAAGAGAAUAGGUUUGUUUUUAAACAUAUGUUUCACCAUUGGUGUCUUGGUUUUUAGUUUUUAAGGCGUUUGUUGAGCGCUGUGCCUGUUGUCUUAUACUGUAGCCUGCAGGACCCACAAUACACAAUAGGGUGAUAAUAGCGCUGACCCAGCAAACUACAACAUCGGCUACACAUCUGUAAAUUGUACAACCUGUCAUAGAUUUAUUUUCAUUCAACGCCUCAAUGCAUGGGACAGUGUAGGAGAACUUGGCGACAGCUCCACUCAAGCUAGAGUGGAUUUCCUUUGCAAGCUGGUGUCUGAUAGUAAAUACUGUCAGUCAGCCUUCACCUGGAAGCCCAGUGGAAGACACAGAACAGGAGCUGGAGAGGAGCUUGUUCAGAUUGAACUGCUAUUGGACAUAUCAGAGCGGCUUCCUGCAAGAGCUCCUCCCCUCCCCAAAAACCCCGAGCACAGACCUCCAAGGAGUCACGGCUUCUCCACCACCUUUGCCAACCAGAAAAUCAAGGUCACUUGACAAGUGAGCAGGACACUGUCUGAGGGUUGGUUUUUCCUUUCAGGAGAAGAAAAAUCAACCACACAUUUUAUAUAUUACAUUAUAUGUGAUUGUGUACAAUUUGCUGAUACCCUGAUGAUGGUGUCCAUGUAUGGAAUAUUUGGUAUUUUGGCUUUCUCAAGACGGCAUGAAAUAAAAUGUAUAAUUCACAUAGAGUUACCUCUGUUUCUGCGACUGUCGUGACAAAUCCACUCUGCUGUUUCAUUCUGUCACCUACAAUACAGUUUUACUUUUGCUGACAAAAACAUGGCUUUAAAAGCUCUUUAAAUCUGUCGAUCAAGUGACACGUCAAUGCCAAGAUUCUCAGUGGACAAACUCUCAACACCACCAUGUAAACUACAUACAUGGAUUAGUCGUGAGGCACUGAGGGCAAUAAAGAAAAGGUAGUAGCGAAGUGAAAAGUCAGUUCUAAUAAACCACUCCUGGCAUUUGCGGAAUCAGAGUCACUUUUCUAUUGUCAGUCCGAAAUGCCAAAUGCAGAUCAUCAGGUAUUGUUUUUCUACUUUUUUUUUUUUUUUUUUUUUUUUAA